AUGUCCCUCUUACUGGCCCGGGGAGAUAUGCCUGCGGGAAAUUCUGUCCCGAUAACACCGCGUGAAGCUGCCUCUGGUCUUCUGGGUUCUAUCUCCUUGACCUGUUGGAUUUUCUUACUGGUUCCUCAACUCAUUGAAAACUACUGUAAUGGCAAUGCGGAAGCCAUCUCGCUCCUCUUCCUCUUCGUCUGGUUCAUUGGCGACAUCACCAACCUAAUCGGAGGCGCUUGGGCCGGUCUCGUCCCCGUCAUUGUGGCCAUUGCGGUCUAUUUCUGUAUUGCGGAUGGUGUGCUCAUCGCACAAUGUCUCUACUACAAAACCCGCAAUGCUCGUCGCGAGGGCCUGCUCCGUCGUCGGCGCUCCUCCACCGUCACCCCCGACCCGACGACCCCUUUACUGGGCCGCCGAUUCAGCGAUACACUAGAACGGGGUCCGGCUUCGCGACGCCGAUCUAUGGCGUCGCAGCGUAGCGGACGGGGCGGUCACGGCCACCCUGACGACGCCCUAGCCAAUAUCGUCGAGAACGAGGUUGGCCGGAGUGCUUGGAUGAAGAACUUCAGCAGUGUCCUGGCAAUUUGCGUCAUCGGGAUGGCCGGUUGGACGGUCGCCUGGCAGACGGGGGUCUGGAAACCAGCUCCGAAGGAGCGUGAUGGGGGCGUGGACAUGGCAGCUGGCGCGCAAGUGCUGGGAUAUAUCAGUGCCGUUUGUUACCUGGGUGCGCGACUUCCUCAAAUCUACAAGAACUAUAGCGACAAGUCAUGCGAAGGACUUUCAUUGCUUUUCUUCAUCCUCUCUUUGAUGGGUAAUCUUACCUAUGGCGCUGGCAUUCUCUGCCAUUCAACGGAAAAGAAUUACGUCGUGACAAACCUACCCUGGCUAAUUGGCUCUUUGGGCACCAUGGUAGAGGACGUGGUCAUUUUCGUACAAUUUCGCCUGUACGCAGAGCAGAGUCCUCAGCUCACGACUGCAGUGUCGUGA